AUGUUAUCCAUAUUUCGAAAACUACCGGAUUCAGAGAGGAAUACUAAUGCUUCGUUGUACUUUGGAAAUAUCGACCCGCAAUGCCUGGAACUAUUGAUGUUCGAGUUGUUUGUUCAAUUUGGGCCCAUAAAAAAUAUCAACAUGCCUAAAGACCGAGUACUAAAAUCACACCAAGGCUAUGGGUUUGUUGAGUUUAAAAAUUCCCUAGAUGCAAAGUACGCGGAAGAUAUACUAAGAGGUGUAAGGCUCUAUGGGAAGUUGUUGAAGCUAAAGAAACUUGAUUCGAAACCACAAACGCCACAACUGCGUCAACAAGUAGGAACCUUUGUUAGCUCGAAGCUGGAAUUGUUGAGUGACAAAUACAUCGACGUGGGAGCCAGAGUAUUCAUAAAUAAUUUGAACCCAUUGAUUGAUGAAAAGUUUUUGAUGAAUACGUUUCUGAAAUUUGGCACAGUCAUAAAGCAGCCUGAAGUUAAACGCGAUCUCGAAGGGAACUCGAUGGGGUUUGGGUUUGUAACCUUUGGCGACUUUGAAACCAGCGACUUAGUAAUUGAAAAACUCAACAAUACCAUAUUAAUGAAUUCCAAAGUCAGUCUAGCAUAUGCAUUCAAGAAUGAGCUUGGUAAGAAUGGGAAAAAGAUACGACAUGGUGACGAGGCUGAGAGAAAGUUAGCGGCAAAUGCAAAGAAGAACAACUUGCUAAGAGUUAAGAGCAGUAAUAGAGUGAGUAAGAAAGGUAAUAGUAGGUGA